AUGGCCCAGGAGAAGAACAAUUUCACCCAGACGUGUAUACUGGUCUUCUCUUUGAUACUAAUUGUGAUAGCAUUUGCACUCAGUGCUGCCGGUUUAUUCAGUCCUAGCUGGCAGGUGGUCGAUAUACGAGAAUUUCGAGCCGAACAUCAUCACGGCCUUUGGCUUGAUUGCACUCGAGCUGAGCGAUAUUUGGCCACGGUUGCUCAAGACGUCAGUGAUGGACAAGCAUUACAUUGCACUUACAAAUUCGACUACUCCGCUAGUCAGGUGAUUGGCGAAAACAUGGAGGACAUCGAUCAGAACAGCGCGGCUGGCGAGAGUGAACACCAUCAGUUCUUCGCUUGGCACAAAGCGGUCCUUGGGUGUCUCAUCGUUUCCCUGCUGUUCUCUUCGCUGGCACUUUGCUGUGGAUUGUGCGCUCCAUGCAACGGCGGAUGCGCAGUGAUCUUCUCAAUAUUCGUCUUUCUAUCGCUAUUUAUGGCUGUUAUUGGCGACGGCAUCUUCUUCUUCGCUUUGUGCUCUCGGGUCGAUAAUCGAUUUGUUCAAGGACUUGUUGGAACAUGUAUGAGCAACAAAUCGGUGUCGCAUUCUAUCUACAUGGGUCCGGUACCCUGGUUCUUAUGUUCGGAUUCCUUGUAG